AUGGAACUAAACUCAUGGGAACUAGCACCAGAAUCGGAAUUCGGAGCAGACGUUUCACCGACGAAAGCACCCGCAGGACCACCACAACAACGAGGCAACCAACAAUUCAUGCAACAAAGUAACCAAGACGUGAUUCUGGCAGCUCAUACUUCUGCUAAAGUCGAAGACGAUGACUGUGAACCUUGUGAUCCUAAGAGAACUUGUCUGGUCGGUGGCGGAUUUCACAUCUACGAUAAAGAUUUGCAUUGUGAACUCUAUCGGAAUGUGAAGGACAGGAAUUGGUGGAGUGGCUAUAGCAACGGUUCGAAUAAUUAUCAGAUUUGGAUUUCAGUAUACAAAGGAGAGAACGUUAACCUAAUUGCCGAUGAUGUCAAUUAUAUUUGGACUCUGUCUGUAAGUUAA